AUGACGAGACGAAUUCGGCUGGCUUUUAGUCGGAGCUGGAAUCUCGAGUACAUCCCCUCGUCGCCCGGCGAUGAAUGCGACGAUCGACCAAGCCGCCCGAUGACAUCAGGUCUGAUGAUUCGCUUCAACUCGGCAUCUCGAUCUUGCUGCUGCACCAUCGUUUUAAAUGAGCCCAGGCUCAAGCGCUGCAUUGAUGAUUGUACUCAUGUGCAAGAGGAUGAUAUUGAAGACGUAUUGGGCAUGCUGCGGGACUGCUCGUCUCUGCGGCACCUCAGACUGAGCCGCAACUACUUGACGCGAAGCCACAUGCGCCCACUGCUCAACGGCCUGAUGCACACGACCAGUCUGAGUGUGCUCGACUUGUCCAGUGCCGGCAUUCAGGAUGCCGGCAUUGAAGUGCUUGUCAAGGCGCUUGAGCGCAAUGCUUCUCUACAGGAACUGCUAUUGUACCACAAUGAUAUGACAUGGCACGGCCGCCUGUACCUCGCAAUGGCCUCCCUGCGACGACCAGGCCUCUUGGUUUUGGGCAUGGAGAAAGUCGAGGCUGCCAUGGCAAUCGCGCGGGUACAACUGAAUGAUCCUGAGCACACUCAUCUCGCUCUAAAUGGAUUAACCGUGGGCAAGGACGACGGCGAACAUUUGCAGUCUGCUGUUCAAGCUUGUAAGCAGAUUAAGCAUCUCAGCUACGAUAUUGGCCUCUUACCAGAAGAAACCCGAUGUGCUGCCAUCGAUGGCAUUCGUAUGGCGCGUGCCUGCAACAGCUUCUCCCUACAGAAUAGCAGUGCCUCUUUGGGUAGCUUGCUGGAGUUGAGUGAAACCCUGGGCCAGCGACAGGUGGAGGUCGUCAGCGGCCACGAGCAGCUGAUGGCCGCUUAUCGUUUGGUAGCCUUGGACGAUGCUCGCUGCACCGAGUUUGAGUGCGUCGGGGUUCAUUGCGGACGGGGUGCCAUGUCGCGCGUCACGCUGGAUCGCAUUUGUGAGGCCCUGUCGCACAACCAUCAUUUGAAAUACCUACGCAUUCUGGAUGCCCAGCUCUCCGAUGAGGAGACGGGCCGGCUCAUUCAGGCUGCGGCAAACAUCCCGACUCUGCACGAACUCACCCUGAAGGGGACCUCAAUUGACCGUCGGUCGAUUCGCACGGCCAGCACGCUUCUUGUUCAUCACGAGCGUCUCGUCACGCUAUGGCUGCGCCUUCCUCGCUGUCCGCUGGCCAAGCGCCUGAAUGGCUUGCUCAGGCUGACCCCGUGGCGUUGGUUCCUGCACCAUGCGUUUGACGAAACUUUCAAGGAACGAGUCGUUCUCCUGUACUGGGUGCUUGAGCGGGUGCGGCGAAGUCAAGCCUCUCUCAUUACGGCCAGGGAAAUGGACCGCAUUCUAUUCUUUCUCAGUCUGCUUGAGCAGCGUCAUCCUCGUGUGGAGAUGCUGCUGGAUGAGUGA